AUGGCGAAAGUACCAGUCAUUCCGAUUCUCUCCUCUCCCGAAGACGAAGCCGUGGGCGUUCCUUCGUCUCACAAGCUGAGCUCGAAAUAUGCAAUUGAGAACUCUCCUUCCAUCGAGAGAAAGAAGAGAAAGAGAUUGAAGAGAAGAAAUGAGACCCCAGAGUCUCCGAGAUCUUCUAAGAAGACGAGAUUGAUCAAGCUUCGCGUACCGGGUAGCAAGGACCCGAAGAAGGGCAGUCCCGAGCUCAUCACUCUAUCCCCGAUUGCCUCACUCCCUCUGGCCCAUAGGCCCAGUCACCCAUUCGUGAAGACCUCUACAUUUCACGCCGAGCGCAAGGCUGUCGAGUCAGAGACUGAAGAGCCCCCGAUGUUUUCCGGGAGGAACAGCGAGGAUGAAGAGCCGGUUGCGACCGUCGAGGCUGGUGGUUUCUACUCGGACGACGAGCCUAUGGCUAGCACCUCGCACAAGAGAAACCCGUUCGCUGGACAGAUCUCCAAAAUUCCCGAGCAGGCCAUUGAAGACAGAUCCAGUCCCGACCUCAGCACCCAGCCUGCCCAGAAACUCGAACCUUCCACCUACGUUCCUGGAAAAGAGACACUCGCAGAUGAUGAUAACUGCUAUAUCUCCAAGGCCGCCUUCAACCUUCUUACAAGCCGCCAUGUGACUCUGCAGCACAUGGUCACGACAUUCAUCGACUCUGUGAACGACUUGAAGACUACAAGCAAGGGCGACAGGGACGUCCGUGACGGAAUCCUGGCAGAGGCUAAGUCUCUUCAGAUGGGCAUCAAGGCAGUUUCCCAUGCUGCAUUCGAGCUUCCGUAUGCCAAUCGAACUGCCGCCGCCGCCAGAGCAGCUGCGGAUAAGACCCUUAGAACCAUCGAGAAGUUCAACGAGAAGAAGAGAAUUGACGCUGAAGCCAAGGCCGCAGCUGCGGCGCAGCAAGUUGAGAAAGAAGAGCCAGAGAUGGCGGAACACGACGACUCUGAUGUUGGAGGCGAAGUGGAGGGUGAGGAGGAAGAGGAUGGUUUCGAGGAGCAGACAGCCGACACUGAUGGGAAACCGAUGGACGAGUCAGGGUAA